AUGAAUAAUGAAUUUACAGCAUUAAAUGUUGGGCAAGAACCUGCGAUUGUUUUAAUUGGAAUUAAAGGAGUAGGUAAAAGUACAGUUGGAAACAUGUUAUCGGGUGCAUAUACAGAAUAUAAUGUAAAAGAAAGAUUCGAAGUUCAUGAUGAAAGUGAUGACGAUAAUGUAGAAAGUUGGAAACAAAUUAAUGAUUAUUUAAAUGAGAAAGUUAAGAAAAUUCAUAGGGUUCAUGCUUACCUUUUAGUUUAUGCUGAAAUGCGUCUUACACCAGCCAAUAAACAUCACAUCGAAUCGGCUAUUAAAGACCUGGGUAAACGUCGUUUAAUAAUAGUAUUUACAAAACAACGUAAAGAAGCGACAGAAGAACGAGCUAUAAUGGAGAAAAACUUUAAUGAUGACUUUAAAUCAAUUCUUCGCUCCAUUAAUGAUCGUUGGGUGGUGGCACCAAAUCUGGAUAUUUUUGGAAAUGAAGAUGGUAAAAAAGUUAUUAAAAAUAAUAUGGAAAAACUAAAAGAAUUCAUUAGCGAGAUUGAAAGGCCUCAUAAAACUUGGUGGCGUUGGUGGUACCUUGUUGUGGCAACGGGAGGAGUUAUUGUGCUUGUGCUUGUUGUUAUUGUCAUUAAAAGUAAAAUAUUAAUGAAUGAAG